AUGGUGGGGGUAUCAGGAUCUGAUGCUGUCUAUUGCCAACAUAGAAUCAAGUCUCAUUUGAAGAAGAAGUUCAGGUGUGUGUUUGAGGGAAUCGCUAAAGCAGGACAGCGAACAGAUCUGAACGACUUCUACACAGAGAUCUUCAUCGCAGAGAGAGGCAGUGGAGAGGUCAACAAGGAACAUGAGGUCAGACUGAUUGAAACAGCUUCCAGGAAACCAGCCAAGGAAGAAACACCUAUCAGAUGUGAAGACAUCUUUAAACCCUUACCUGGACGCGAUCAACCAAUAAGAACAAUGAUGACAACUGGAGUGGCCGGCAUUGGUAAAACCGUCUUAACACACAAGUUCACUCUGGACUGGGCUGAAGGCAAAACCAACCGGGACAUACACUUCACAUUUCUCCUCACUUUCAGAGAGCUGAAUUUACUGAAAGGGAAAGAGUUUAGCUUGGUGGAACUUCUUCAUCACUUCUUUAUUGACACCAAAGAAGCAGGAAUCUGCAGAUACGACGGGUUCCAAGUUGUCCUCAUCUUGGAUGGUCUGGAUGAGUGUCGACUUCCUCUGGACUUCCAGAACAACCCGAUCUGGACUGAUGUCAGAAAGUCCACCUCGGUGGACGUGCUGCUGACAAACCUCAUCAGGGGCGACCUGCUUCCCUCCGCUCGCAUUUGGAUAACCACACGCCCUGCGGCAGCCAAUCAGAUCCCUGCUGAGUGUGUUGACAUGGUGACAGAGGUGAGGGGGUUCACUGACCCACAGAAGGAGAAGUACUUCAGGAAGAGAUUCAGAGAGGAGACGCUAGCCAGCACAAUCAUCUCCCACGUCAAGAAAUCACGAAGCCUCCACAUCAUGUGUCACAUCCCAGUCUUCUGUUGGAUCACUGCUACAGUUCUGGAGGACAUCUUCAAAAAAUCCCAGAUCGAAGAGAUGCCCAAGACCGUGACUCAGAUGUACAGCCACUUCCUGAGGGUUCAGUCCAUACAGGGAGACAGGAAGUACCAUGGGAGGGCUGAAACAGAUCCAGACUGGAGCUCAGAGAGCAGGGAGAUCAUUGUUUCUCUAGGAAAACUUGCUUUUAACCAGCUGGAGAAAGGCAACCUGAUCUUCUACGAGGCAGAUAUGGCAGAGUGUGACAUUGAUAUCAGAGCAGCCUCAGUGUACUCAGGAGUGUUCACCCAGAUCUUUAAAGAGGAGUGUUGGCUGUACCAGGACAAGGUGUUCUGCUUUGUCCAUCUGAGCAUCCAGGAGUUUCUGGCUGCCCUUUAUGUCUUUCUGUCCUUCAUCGAUACUGGUGUCAAUCUGCUCUCAGAAGAACCACCAGCCUCCAGGAAAGAUAAACUCCACCUCCUCUACCAGAGUGGUGUUGACAAGGCCUUACACAGUGAGAACGGACACCUGGACUUGUUCCUCCGCUUCCUCCUGGGUCUCUCUCUGGAGACCAAUCAGAUUGUCCUACGAGGUCUGCUGGGACAGAAAAAAAGAAGUAGCUCACGGACCAAUAAGGGAACAGUGUCUUACAUCAAGAAGAAGAUAAAACGAGAUCUAUCUCCAGAGAGAAGCAUCAAUCUGUUCCACUGUCUGAUUGAGCUGAACGACAGUUCUCUAGUGAAGGAAAUCCAACACUAUCUGACAUCAGGAAGUCUCUCCGGAGAAUCUCUCUCCCCUGCUCAGUGGUCAGCUCUGGUCUUCAUCCUACUGACAUCAGAAGAGGAGCUGGACGUGUUUGACCUGAAGGAAUACUCUGCUUCAGAGGAGGGUCUUCUGAGGCUGCUGCCAGUGGUCAAAGCCUCCAAAACAUCUCUGCUGAAUGCCUGCCAUCUGUCAGAGAGAUGCUGUGAAGCUCUGGCCUCAGUUCUCAGCUCCAACUCCUCUAGUCUGAGAGAGCUGGACCUGAGUACCAAUGAUCUGCAGGAUUCAGGAGUGAAGCUGCUCUCUGCUGGACUGGGGAGUCCACACUGUACACUGGAAACUCUCAGGCUGAAGGGCUGUGAUCUGUCAGAGAGAUGCUGUGAAGCUCUGGCCUCAGUUCUCAGCUCCAACUCCUCUAGUCUGAGAGAGCUGGACCUGAGUACCAAUGAUCUGCAGGAUUCAGGAGUGAAGCUGCUCUCUGCUGGACUGGGGAGUCCACACUGUACACUGGAAACUCUCAGGCUGAAUGCCUGCCAUCUGUCAGAGAGAUGCUGUGAAGCUCUGGCCUCAGUUCUCAGCUCCAACUCCUCUAGUCUGAGAGAGCUGGACCUGAGUACCAAUGAUCUGCAGGAUUCAGGAGUGAAGCUGCUCUCUGCUGGACUAGGGAGUCCACACUGUACACUGGAAACUCUCAGCUUGUCUGGCUGCCUGGUCACACAGGAAGGCUGUGCUUCUCUGGCCUCAGCUCUGAGCUCCAACUCCUCCCAUCUGAGAGAGCUGGACCUGAGCUACAAUCACCCAGGAGACUCUGGAGCUGCGCUGCUCUCUGCUGGACUGGAGGAUCCACGCUGGAGACACGGUGGAGUGUGGAGGCUGAAACCAGCUCUUAAGAAGUAUGCCUGUGACCUCACACUGGACCCCAACACGGCCCACAGACAACUCUCUCUGUCUGAGGACAACAGGAAGGUGACGCGGGUUGGAGAGGACCAGUCGUAUCCGGAUCACCCAGACAGAUUUGACUCCCGGUUCCAGGUGUUGGGUAGAGAGGCUCUGACUGGCCGCUGUUACUGGGAGGUAGAGUGGGAAGGAUGGGUUGAUAUAGGAGUGACAUACAGAGGAAUCACAAGGAGAGGAGGGGGUGAUGACAGCUGGCUUGGAUGGAACAACAAGUCCUGGAGUCUUUAUUGUUCUGAUGGUCGUUACUCUGUCUGGCACAACAGUAGAGGACCAGUCCUCCCUCUCCGCCCCGCUGGCUCCACCAGAGUAGGAGUGUAUCUGGACCGGCCUGCUGGCUCUCUGUCCUUCUACAGAGUGUCCCCAGGUGGAGGAGGGUCCUCAGACACACUGACACACCUCCACACCUUCUGGUCCACCUUCACCCAGGAGGACCUUCUCCCGGGGGUGGGGUUCUGGCGGUUGAAGGGGUCCCCAGAGGGUUCCUCAGUGGGGUCCUCAGCGUCUCUGUGUCGAUUGUAG